AGUCGAGCAGUAGCUGUGAGUGAUUGUAGUGCUAUGUGGAGUUACCAUGUGCGUGUCAAUAAAGUGGGUCGUGCUGUGGAGUCUUUGGGCGGGAAGGCUGGUGCGGCAACCGACUCCGGCAGCAGCAGGCCUAGAGCCGGAAUGGGAUGGUGUGUUCAAUGCUGUAAAUGAACAUGUGAGGUGUCCACAAAAAUUUGCUGACAACUUUGUUUGGGGCCAAGAGGAUUGCCUCAUUAUAAAUAUUUUCCAUCCACUUUACUCAGAAGUCGAUAAACUUUUACCGGUGAAAGUUUUCAUCCAUGGAGGUGGAUUCCGUGAAGGAUCAUCGUCGAGACUUCUAUUUGGCCCAGAUUACCUGGUCCGUAAGAAUAUUGUCUUAGUGACCUUUAACUACCGAGUAGCCGUAACUGGGUUUUUGUGUCUCGGAAUCAAAGAUGCUCCAGGAAAUGCAGGAUUGAAAGAUCAGGUUGCAGCACUGAAGUGGGUUCAACGAAAUAUCAAAGUUUUUGGCGGCGAUCCUGACAAUGUGACGAUUUUCGGAGAAAGCGCCGGUGCUGCGUCUGUUUCUUUACAUAUCGUUUCACCAGCUUCUAAAGGUCUUUUCCAUAAGGCUAUCCUCCAAAGUGGGUCGUCGAUAUCACCAUGGGCUGUCGAAUUCGAACCAAUUAAAUAUGCUAGCAGAGUAGCUGAAGUCUUAGGAUAUAAAACCAUGGAUCCGUAUCAACUUUAUGACAUUCAUAUGAACCACACCAUAGAAAGUAUUGUGGGCGCGCCCGUCCCAUUACUAGAAAGUCAAGUAGCAGCAGCUCAGCUAAUUAAUUCUCCCUGUAUUGAAAAAUCACACCCUGGUGUGGAGCCAUUUCUUCUAGAAUCGCCAUUCGAUAUUUUUACCAGAGGUGAAUACAACAAAGUACCAGUGAUUUUAGGGGUCAAUGACAAUGAAGGCUACUAUUUUUCAGGCCUAGAGGACUCUUCUACUCUUACGCGUUUUAAAUUUGAAAUCGGUUUACCAAGAAAUUUACGGAUUCCAGCUGAACUCAAGAAAGAAAGAUCCAACACCGGAGAAGACAGACCUUUUACCCAUAAAAUGGUAUCCGACGAAUCAAAGUUUUACGAAAACUCUCGUUAUCGAUAAGGAAUUUACAAUUACAUCAUUCAAGCACAACUCAUUUGAUUUCUGGCACGAUCUUUAUAAAAAAUAUCGUAGAAAAAAUUAACUAACGUUAUGUUUUGUUGGGUUUUGUUGAAUAAUAAAAUUUGUUGGGCGCA